GACGGCGCCCAGCCCCUCCCUCUGCUGCCGCGGCCCGUUUUUGUAAUUCGCGAUCAUUUGGGUGCUGUUCCCGGUGUCCACGUGCCUUGGGCCCACUUGCCCCGCCGCCAUGUUGAAGCCGGCGCCCUUCUCCAAGGUACAAAGAGCAGUGAUUAUCACACACUGGGAGGAAAGGCAAAGGAGAUGCUUGUUAUUUUAGAUCGGGCACCUAAACAGAAACUGCGAUUUCAGUAUGAAGAAGGGAAGAGGAAGAACAAGCCGGAGGAGAAGACGAAAACUCCGUAGAAGUUCUGAAUCAAGAGGAGUGAAUGAGAGCUGCAAGCCUGAGUUUAUAGAGCUUCAGAGGUGGCUGAAGGAUAGGAAGUUUGAAGGUGCAAACUUGGUGCCUGCCAGUUUCCCAGGGGUGCUGUGGGCAGCGCAGGGGCAGCCUUCAGAUGGUGGUGGUGGGGACCCUGUGGCUGUGCCUGCUCUGGCCAAGGCCUUGGCUCGCGGGGGCCGCUGGCCACGGGCAGAGGGCUCUGAUGAGCACGGCCACCCCCUGCAGGAGGGACAGGUGAUUCUGUCGUUGCCCGAGAGUUGCCUGCUCACCACGGACACAGUGAUGAGGAGCUACUUGGGGGCGUACGUCGCUAAGUGGCAGCCUCCCCUGUCCCCUCUGCUGGCCCUGUGCACCUUCCUAGCAGAGAAGCACGCUGGGGACCGGUCCCCCUGGAAGCCCUACCUGGAGGUGCUGCCGAAGGCCUACUCCUGCCCCGUUUGUUUGGAGCCGGAGGUGGUGGAGCUGCUCCCCGGACCUCUGAAGGCCCAGGCCCAGGAGCAGAGGGCCCGCGUGCAGGAGCUGUUCACGGCCUCCAGGGCCUUCUUCUCUUCCCUGCAGCCUCUGUUCUCCGAGGCUGUGGAGGGCGUCUUCAGCUACAGCGCCUUCCUGUGGGCCUGGGGCACCGUCAACACCAGAGCCGUGUACCUGGCGCGUGGGCGGAGGCCGUGCUUCGCGGAGCCAGACACCUGCGCGCUGGCCCCCUACCUGGAUCUGCUGAAUCACAGCCCCGCCGUCCAGGUGGACGCGGCGUUUAACGAGGGGACCCGCUGCUACGAGAUCCGGACGGGCUCGCGAUGGGGGCCGCGAGAGGACGGUGCUCCAUCUGCUACGGCCCCCCACGACAACCAGCGGCUGCUCCUGGAAUACGGCUUCGUGCCCCCCCGCAACCCCCCCGCCUGCGUGCACGUGGCCCGUAGACUGCUGGUCAGUACCCUCCCAGCAGCAGAUAAACAGACGGGCAGGAAGAGCUCCAUUUUAGAGGACCACGGGCUUCACAGAGUAAAAACUUGACGUUCGGAUUGGGACGGCCCGUCCUGGAGGUUGCUCACCGCGCUUAAGCUGCUAUGUCUGCGGGCUUGAAGACUGAGGUGUGAAAGUCCUCUGUUUUAUUUUGGUUCUAGUCCACGCUGGAAGAAAGUACUUCUUGGGGAAACAGUUUCGGAUGCAAACGAAAAGACAAGUCUGGACGUAGCUCAGAAAAUAUGCCGUCACCUCAUCGAGGAGACUGAUGCUGUGCUUCAGAAGGUUUCUCGUAUGAAAGCUAAAGAAACGGCUUUGGUGACCCAGCUCACUCUGGUCGAAACGCUGCGGACGGAGGAGCUCAAGGUUCUCCAGGCGUCUGCUGACAUCCUCCACCGCCUGCUCGCAGCUUCUGCGUAGCUCCCGGUGGGGUGCAUUCGCUUCAGCUCCCGCCGGGGUUUGGCCCCUCAAUCAGCUUUACACAGAGGCUUGUUUUUUACGGAAUCGUGCGCGCUCAGCGUCUGGCUUCUAUUAAACAUGGAUGUGCUCAC